GUGCACCGUCGCAUGGUGAAAAUCCAGUCAACAUUCACCAAAGAACAAACAUGGUAGACGCCGAAAUGGCCGACCUUUCCCUCGAAUCGCCCACGGGCCAGAUUCAGUCCGAGCUUGCCAUGACCAUCGCCGACGAGACGCAUUCUCGACCUUCAGUGUCGGUCUCCAAGCCCAUACCUUUCACUUUUGACCUGGGAAAUCUUCUCUGCAACGAUGCAAAUCCCUUGCCCGCGAAUCACACAAAUUCCGAUAUUGACGCUGCUGCGCGGGAUUGCGCCCAAGGUCUCAUAAAUCAGCUCCUCACCACUUGUCCCAUCAAAUCGACGCAAGAGGGUGUGCUGAUAACUCUGCCGACACCGACAACACCGCUGCCCAGAGAGAAACCAAUCCCUCAGCCAAAAGAACCCACGAAAUGGGAAAGAUUCGCCGCAAAGAAGGGUAUUGCUGCAAAGCGAAAGGAAGGAAACAAGGUGUACGACGAAGAGAGCGGCGAAUGGGUUCCAAGGUGGGGUUAUAAAGGCGCGAACAAAAAGGGCGAAGAAGACUGGCUAGUCGAAGUUGAUGACAAGAAAGAGAGCAUGACUGGAGAGGCAGGAGAUGUUCGAAGGGAAAGGAGAGCGGAGAGAAAGGAAAGAAUCAAACGACAAGAACGAAGGGAAAGGGCAAACGAAAGAAAGGCAGCGCGAAACAAGUCAUGAGGCAGUUCGGCCUCUAGUGCAAAUUCAUUGAGACCACGAACAGGCCUUGCUUUGAUUGCUUUGAUCGGAGAAGGACACAUCCAACGUCCUGGAAUGAACAUCUUGCAGAUCAAGAUUCCAGCCCAUGCGCUGCAAUUUACGUGAUGAAUGAAACUUCUGGUUUGAAUUGGGCUCUUAAAUUUCUAGUAUUCCUUUAUGGCAGAGGAUUUUGAGUUGGUCUUUUCAUAUUGAGUACGAUGACUUCAUAGAUCAGUCGGCCAAACCGAAGGCAACGGACAAUCCAAGCAUUCCAAGUCGUCUUCUUCCAAGAGGAAUUUCCUACCAUUGCAAUAGCUACUAGUGCUACAGCAUUAUGAACACGCAGCAGCAGCAAGUCAAUCGUAAAAAUGACGAAGC